AUGGACUUGGCCGACAGCGGAAGUGAUGCUGAGUGCCUUCUCCUGGCAGAAGCAGGGAAUCAAGACACUGCCGUUGACGUUGCAACCCCUGUGGCAUUGGUCACGGCAUUUCGUGUGAUGUACAUGGCAGUGUCUCAUAUUCAAGAGCUGAGAGGGUAUGAUCUUGUGAGUCAAUCCUUGCUGGCCCGUGGCUGUGCUGCAACAACCCACUUUUCCGGUGUGGGCUGCGUCGAAGUGGCAGCAAACCUGCUGCACAAUGCAGUUGCAGCCAGUGUUCAGGGUGCCAUGCCUCUACGGUUCGUGGCUGCUUGUGACUCCAGUCGGCACUGUGCCAAUGUGUUGAUUGCCAGAGGUCAUGGCUGCGUGUUUCGAGACAUGCGUUUGGUCAUCUCCGAUGCUGGCACAGCGGGCACGACAUAUGCGGAAGUCCUUUCUUCGAAGGAGACGCGUCCGCGUCUUUAUUUUGCGCUAGUCCGUCGUGACUGCCUUCUGCCUGGAACGGACGUGGCUGACAAUUAUCAGUUUGUCUGUGAGCAGCUUCGUGCGCACAUGGCUUUGCACGGUGCUCCGACAAUUGCGGAUAUUUGCCGUGCCUCACCAAAGCAGUGGCUGGUGAUUGAAGAAAAUCGAGCCAGGUCUAGGAGGAAGAUGUCACCGCCGGUGACCGUGUCUGGUGUGUCUUGGGCAUAUCUCCUGACACGAAACCAGGCAAACUUUGAGAGCAGGUACAGGUGUGAGCUGGCCUACUGCUGCCAGGACCCAGACCGCCGGCCGGUGACUUCGGGUGCCAAACGGCAGAUCCCGACCAUCCGUCAUGGAAGUGCCUUGCUGUGGUCUCCGAUGCUUCAACGGUGGCUGAUUCCCAACGAACUGUUGGUGGCCAGUGGCUUCCCGCUCUUGCCUGCAAUAGCACGUGCCAGUGGAGUUCCCGUCGACGAGGUGUCUUUGCAGUGGCUGACACCCAGUGAUGUAGGCAAUGGAAUGCACAUCUUUCAGGUCGGAGUAUUUUUGGCGAGUAUCCUGAGCUGUGUUUCUGCCGGGAAGUGCGACGCACCGAUGGCCUAG